AUGUCGAGCCCUCGCGAUAUUCCCCAACACAGCAAUCGAGAGCAAAUUACUCGCCACGAGGUGACUUGGAGCAGCGAGUACGAUGCAGAUCCCAUGACAGCUUUUCUGACGCCGUACUCGUCGAGCAGUACCAGCUACAGGUCCGAUUUCUCAAUCGCCAGCAGGACCAACAGAGACAUUAUUGUCCUGCAGAAUCAACACAUCAGGUCCACGCAGCAAAGGAUUCUCGCCAUACUUGGUGAUCUCGAAGUAUUUCUGCGCCCAGACUCUGCAGACCCGCCACAGACUUUUCCUCAGUACGAAGCCGAGGACGACGCCGCCUGCCUGCUCGCUGAAACAGACGUGACGUCGGACGCGAGGAUAGCUGCUGCCCAGAAUCGUUAUUUGAUGACUACGCAGGGGAAUGUCAUGGCUCUUCUGACGAGCCUUGCGAGGUGUCAACUUGGCGUGAGCGAUGACGACGCCUAG